ACUGUACUAGUCGAUCACAUCGCCGCACUGCGAAAGCAGAUAGGCGAGAAAAAUAGAAUCAUAACAUCCACGUUGUUCCUUUUGCUACUUGAGCACCGGGAAGGUCGAAUUUAAAAGAAAGUGGUACAUUGAAAUACAACUAUCUUGAGCAUAUUUGUUGCGGAACGGAGCCAUGUAUAGACUAAUCAGCAGGAAGUAUCACAGCACUGCAGGUGUCUUUGGAUUCAUGCCAAAACCACGAAUAAAAUUCCAGCUGGACAAUCGAACUAUUGAUGCUCGAGUUAAAAAUAGCAAUUUGUUUCGUUGGGUAGAGGCUUACCGAAACCAUGGCCACCGGAUGGCAUCCAUCGAUCCGGUCUGUUUCCGGCAACCGACAGAAAACAGUAUAGCCGAACUAGACCGCGGACGUUACGGUUUAUCUGGAAACGAACAAGUCGAUCAGUUCGGUAUUGUUAAUUCGAACGUAUCCUCCGCAAUUACUACAAACCAAUUAGAAGAUUUGCUGAAACAAAUUUAUUGCGGAUCAUCCAGCAUUGAGUUGUCGUUCAUAGAAAAUGAGCAAGAACGCGAAUGGUUGAUAGAAAACUAUGAACGAGUAUUUCACUCGGCGUUGACAGCUGAUGACAAACGUGAAAUCGCUGAACUACUUUUGAAAUCGCAAAUUUUCGAUAACUUCCUGGCGUCCAAGUUUCCCACGGUCAAACGUUAUGGUGGUGAAGGAGCGGAAUCCAUAAUGGCCUUCUAUCGACAAUUGUUCAUCAGUGCGGCCGAUGCAGAUCUGAAAAACAUCGUCGUAGGUAUGCCACACCGGGGGAAAUUGAACGUCCUGACGACACUGUUCGACACUCGUCCUGCUAAAAUAUUUCGAAAAUUUAAAGGACUUCCUGAAUUUCCACCAGAUGUGAAGGCAAUGUGCGAUAUUGCCAGUCACUUUCAUGUAGCAACGAAUCUGCAGAUUCGUGAUAAAACAAUACACCUCAACAUGCUUCACAAUCCAUCGCACUUGGAAGCUGUAAAUCCAGUAUCCAUGGGCAAAACACGUGCGAAGCAGCUUACGCAACGAGACGGUCCUUACGACGAUCGUAGCCCACCAGCAUCCUCCAAGAUACUGAACGUUCAACUGCAUGGGGAUGCUGCCUUCACUGGUCAAGGUAUUAACCAGGAAUGUUUGAUGAUGGCUGCUGUGCCAAACUUUGAUGUGGGUGGUUCCAUCCAUAUGAUUGUAAAUAACCAAGUAGGAUUCACAACACCAGGUGAUCGUGGACGAGGCACACGUUACGCCUCAGAUUUAGCUAAAAGUAUUAUGGCACCCGUACUUCAUGUUAACGGAGAUGAUCCAGAAGCUGUGUCGAAAGUUACCCAGUUAGCUUUUGACUAUCAGCAAAAGUUUAGUAAAGAUAUUUUCAUCGAUUUGAACUGCUUUCGAAGGUGGGGUCAUAACGAGUUGGAUGAUCCAACGUUCACGAAUCCAUUACUAUACAAUGUAAUCCACAACAGAAGCUCAGUGCCCGACCUGUACGUUCGUAAAUUGCUCGAUGCAGAAGAAUUGACUCAGAGUGAUGUUGACAGCACAAUCAAACGGCACACAGAAUAUCUUAACGCAGAAUUACAAAGUGUGAAUGAGUUUCAACCAGAAAAAAGUUAUUUUGAGCAGCAGUGGAAUGGAAUACAGCAAGCAAGUAACGACAUCACCACUUGGGAUACAGGUGUCGCCUAUAGUUUGCUAAGGAUGAUAGGUACAACAAGCGUGUCAUAUCCGGCGGAAUUCACUUUACAUCCUCACCUCAGAAAACACCACGUGGAUGCAAGAUUGAAGAAAAUUUCGGAAGGAAUGCGUAUAGAUUGGGCUACCGCAGAAGCCAUGGCCAUCGGAAGUUUAAUGUAUCAGGGGUUCAACGUGCGCAUCAGUGGUGAAGAUGUCGGAAGAGGUACAUUCUCACAGCGUCAUGCGAUGUUUGUGGACCAAAACACGAACGAAAUUUUUAUUCCGUUGAACGAAUUGGAAGGCGGAUCAGGAGGUAAACUUGAAUUGGCGAAUAGCAUACUGUCUGAAGAAGCAGUACUUGGGUUCGAGUACGGAAUGGCUAUCGAUAAUCCGAAUAAUUUAAUCAUAUGGGAAUCUCAAUUCGGAGAUUUUUUCAACGGAGCUCAAAUUAUAAUUGAUACAUUUUUAGUGAGUGGCGAAACAAAAUGGAUGAUUUGUAACGGAUUGGUCGUGCUACUACCGCAUGGUUUUGACGGUGCUGCUUCCGAACACAGUUCUUGUCGCAUGGAACGCUUUCUUCAGAUGACUGAUUCUAAGGAAUGUAUCCCGGAUGGCGAUGAUGUUAACAUUCAAAUCAUCAAUCCGUCAACGCCAGCUCAGUAUUUUCAUGCACUGCGUCGUCAAAUGAUACGGAAUUUUCGCAAACCUUUGGUAGUUGUAGCACCAAAAACGUUGCUUCGUCUAUCAGAGUGUGUCUCUACCCAUGCUGAUAUGGCCCCCGGGACAUUUUUCCAGCCUGUUAUUGGGGAUCAUCUAAUAACGGAUCCCAAAAAGGUCAAGCGUGUUAUCCUAUGCAGCGGAAAACAUUACUACAAUUUAAACAACGAACGUUUGGAAACCAAAAACAGUGACGUAGCAAUAGUACGAGUAGAGUCACUGUGUCCCUUCCCCGUGCAGAAUAUCCUCGAUGAGUUGCAGAAAUACACUAAUGCCCGGGAGUUCAUCUGGAGUCAAGAAGAACAUCGUAAUAUGGGUGCGUGGAGCUUUAUCCAUCCAAGGUUUGAAAACAUGUGCGGGAGAAGGAUCCACUACAGAGGACGCUAUGAAGGAGCCACAAUUGCGGUUGGAGUAAGCUCAUGGCACGCAAAAGAAGCAGAACAAGUAAUUAAAUCGGCGUUCCAGUAAAAAGACAAUUUUCAAAUUUCAUACAUCUUCAAUAAAAACCUCAGAUAUCAAAAUUA